GUGGCUUAAGCGCUUGAGGCGCAUUUCUAUGUCGACACUCACUUAUAGAAAAUGAAAACUUUAUUAAUUCUAUUGGCGCUCUGUGCUGGCUGCUUACAUUGUAACGCUGAGGGGAAUCUGCUCUCGCGGCUGCUGCAUCGAACCACGACGACGACGACGACGACAACUGCCAGAUCAGUUAAGCAAUUGUUUAUCAACAACAACUUGCCACAAGUGGAGCCACAAUGCACUGCGCACUACGCGUGCAGCAAGAAGCUGACGAACGUGGCAGCGCCGCGGCCCUGCGUCAAGUACUGCCUGAAGCGCAUCGAGUGCCCCAACAGCAAAGUGAUACGCGGCAAGCCCAACCAGUGCGUCGAGCUGGACGAGAGCCAGGUCUUGGCGGACUAUGAGGCCACAACGGCCCGGCCCUCGUCAGCUGCAACAACUGAGAAGAUCAUGGAAGUGGCCAUGAUCGACUUCCCCUGCCAGCCCGGCUACCUGCCCGACAGCCGCGGACGCUGCCGCGAGAUAUGGUAAAUCGAAUAGCAGCAAAAGCCACUAAAGGCCUUUGCCUUCUUCCAAAUUACUUUGUGCAAUAAAACUUUUGUGUCUGUAAUAAAAGAAAAACUAAAG